CUAGAGUGUAGAUUUUCUUCUCAGACAAGCAAAUCUCAAAAUCCAAAAUAUGGUUUCGAAUCAGCGUGUACGGUUGUUUAUGCUCUGUUUUUGCCUUGUUAACAACGCGGUUAUAGCAGCCACGGAAGAUGAAAACGUCGAGAGAAAGCCUUACAUUGUGUACAUGGGAGAGGCCACUGAGAAUUCUCUUGUUGAAGCUGCAGAAAACCAUCAUAAUCUUCUAAUGACAGUGAUCGGAGACGAGAGCAAAGCAAGAGAACUGAAAAUCUAUAGCUAUGGGAAGAAUAUCAAUGGAUUUGUGGCAAGACUGUUUCCUCAUGAAGCAGAGAAGCUAUCACGGGAAGAAGGAGUUGUAUCGGUGUUUAAGAACACUCAAAGACAGCUUCACACGACAAGAUCAUGGGACUUUCUAGGACUUGUUGAGUCUAAAUACAAAAGAAGUGUUGGAAUUGAAAGUAACAUCAUUGUGGGAGUUCUUGACACAGGAAUCGAUGUUGAAUCACCGAGCUUUAAUGACAAAGGCGUUGGCCCUCCUCCAGCUAAAUGGAAAGGAAAAUGUGUAACUGGAAAUAACUUUACUCGUUGCAAUAAUAAAGUGAUUGGAGCAAAGUACUUCCACAUCCAAUCAGAAGGCCUUCCUGAUGGCGAGGGAGACACUGCAGCAGAUCACGAUGGUCACGGGACUCACACAUCUUCCACAAUUGCCGGUGUUUCAGUCUCCAGCGCUAGCCUUUUCGGAAUUGCAAACGGAACAGCUCGAGGUGGUGUUCCUUCUGCUAGAAUAGCUGCAUAUAAGGUGUGCUGGGACUCAGGAUGUACAGACAUGGACAUGUUGGCAGCAUUCGACGAGGCGAUUUCUGAUGGGGUCGAUAUAAUAUCGAUUUCAAUUGGAGGAGCCUCGCUUCCGUUUUUCGAAGAUCCAAUAGCUAUUGGAGCGUUUCACGCGAUGAAAAGAGGGAUCUUGACAACGUGUUCCGCAGGUAAUAACGGUCCUGGUCUCUUUACGGUUUCGAACCUCGCGCCGUGGGUAAUGACAGUCGCGGCUAACUCACUCGACCGGAAGUUUGAAACUGUUGUCAAACUUGGAAAUGGACUCACCGCAUCUGGAAUAUCUCUAAACGGAUUUAAUCCAAGAAAGAAAAUGUAUCCGUUAACAAGCGGUUCGCUUGCAUCUAACUUAUCUGCAGGAGGCUAUGGAGAGCCCAGUACUUGUGAGCCUGGGACAUUAGGGGAAGAUAAAGUGAUGGGGAAGGUAGUUUACUGUGAAGCAGGACGAGAAGAAGGAGGCAAUGGAGGUCAAGGUCAAGACCAUGUUGUGAGAAGUUUAAAAGGAGCUGGUGUGAUCGUUCAACUUCUAGAACCAACUGAUAUGGCUACUUCAACGCUCAUUGCUGGCUCUUAUGUUUUCUUCGAAGACGGUACAAAGAUCACUGAAUACAUCAACUCCACCAAAAAUCCUCAAGCGGUUAUCUUUAAGACAAAGACAACCAAAAUGUUAGCUCCAUCGAUUUCUUCCUUCUCAGCAAGAGGACCUCAACGAAUAAGUCCCAACAUUCUCAAGCCUGACAUAUCAGCGCCGGGACUAAACAUUCUCGCAGCAUACUCGAAGCUAGCAUCGGUAACCGGUUAUCCAGACGACAAUAGACGAACACUGUUCUCCAUAAUGUCAGGAACGUCAAUGGCUUGUCCUCACGCAGCAGCUGCAGCAGCUUAUGUCAAAUCAUUCCAUCCUGAUUGGUCUCCAGCCGCAAUCAAAUCCGCCCUUAUGACAACAGGUAACUAAAAUCAUCAAACAAAAAAGCUCAAAGCGUUCUCAAAAGUAAAAGAAAGUUUCAAUCUUUACACUUCCUUUACAGCUACUCCUAUGAGAAUCAAAGGCAACGAAGCAGAAUUAAGUUACGGGUCGGGUCAAAUUAACCCGAGAAGAGCGAUUCACCCGGGUCUAGUCUACGACAUCACAGAGGACGCAUACCUAAGAUUCCUAUGUAAAGAAGGGUACAAUAGCACAAGCAUCGGACUUUUAACCGGCGAUAACAGCAACAACACUACGAAGAAAGAAUACAAUUGUGAGAAUAUCAAGCGAGGGUUAGGUUCCGACGGGUUAAAUUAUCCGUCACUGCACAAGCAAGUGAAUUCUACGGAAGCGAAAGUGUCGGAAGUUUUCUAUAGAACAGUGACGAAUGUCGGAUACGGACCAUCGACCUACGUGGCUAGGGUUUGGGCACCGAAGGGUUUGAGAGUUGAGGUUGUGCCUAAGGUUAUGAGUUUCGAGAGGCCUAAAGAGAAGAGGAAUUUUAAGGUUGUGAUUGAUGGAGUUUGGGAUGAGACAAUGAAAGGGAUUGUGUCUGCUUCUGUGGAAUGGGAUGAUUCGAGAGGACAUCUUGUGAGAAGUCCAAUUCUGUUGUUUCGAUCGGAUAACGAUUACCGUUAAAAAAGACAAGACUGCUUUUUUUUAGACCCUUGUUUGUUUGUUUUUUGUUUUUUAGUGUUUGGU